AUGAUCUUCUCGCUCCGGCGCACAUUGAAGCUCCUGCACGAGACACGUGUAGCUACCGACCAAGCGCAACUCGAGGGGCUCAAGCUGCAGCUGGCACAAGCGGUCUACGAUCUUCAGCACCACCCGUCCGAGGUCCUCGUCAUGUACAUGCAGCAUAUCAAAGCAGAGCUCAAGCAGUAA